CCUGCUCUAAAAAUGGACCGCCCCAUCCCUUGCGCAGAAACCUAAGCAGAGGACUGUCUUUUAAUAGCUUUGGUUGGUCCUACUGGCAUUGCACUACUUCACAUUCACUACACAAAAAGCCAAGGGAACCUCUGCGCCCAUUGUCAUGGCAGGAGAGGGGAUCACUAUUUCCCACUGGAUAGCAAGCCCUGUGCGCUACCAGGAGCACUUCAAAACCAGGAAUCUCGCUGAAUGCACUGAAGAUCAUCGACUGUUUGCCCUGCCAGGACCUGAAUGUCUGCCAGUUAAAAUGGACACUGAGGGGGGUCAAGCAGACAGUGAGGACGAGGAUUCAGGAGAACCAUUAUUUCAAGUCCUGCUGGACGUGACUCAGUUUAAACCAGAAGACAUCCUCAUACAGGUCUUUGAAGGGUGGCUGCUUAUUAGAGGUCGGCAUGGGGUGAGGAUGGACGAGCAUGGGUUUGUGUCACGAAGUUUCACCAGACAGUAUCAGCUGCCUGACCGUCAGCUCCAGGCGGGGGACCUCAAAGCCGUGCUGUGCCAUGAUGGGAUACUAGUGGUAGAGACCAAGGACCGAUGGUGGCCAGCGUGUGAUUAGGAAAACAGUGACUUAACACCAUUCAUCAUGUUAGUUGAACAUUGUUGUUGUGAUCAGUUAGCCGGUACAGCAUUCACAUUCUUUGCUGUUGUUUGACAAUUUCGCUUUGUUUUGGGUGUCCCCAGAGGUUUAACAAUCAGCUUGAUUGCCUGCAUAAUGCUUAGUCGAAAAAAAAAUUAUUUUCCAAAAAGUAAAAAAGACUCUUAUCUGUUCAUAUUUCUAUAUAUGUAUAUGUGUGUAUAUAUAUAUAUAUAUAUAUAUAUAUAUAUAUAUAUAUAUAUCCUAAAGUAAUUAAAAAACAGCAUCAAGUACAUAAUUCCCUUGCAGGAAUGUGAUUAAACUUUAUGAUUACAUUUCAUUAUGUCAUUCUGCAAGCAUGUUUAUCAGCAUGCCAAUACCAUAAUGCAGCGAUACUGUAAGUUUAAGAAUUGUUUGACAAACCUGUUUAGUACAAAAAGUAAACAUGCUGGCUGGCCUCAUAAUGCUGUUAAAAAAAACAUAGAAACUUAUUCUUUAAUUAAAGAAGUUUUAAUGUUUCUUGUGUCAUACUGCACUUUAAUCGCACAUAUAUAAAAGAUGACAAAAUGUCUUAAAAAAAUAAAAAAUUUGCUCAUAUAAAAGAGAUUCGCCUACAUAGUGAUGUCUGAAUCGUGAACUAUUUCUUCUUUUGAAUUGGAUCUUUUAAUGAAUCAGUUGAAGCAAGGGCGUAAUUUUGGUUUGAACAUUGGGGGGUUGAAGUGUGAGUUGUUUUAGUAGA